AUGUUGGAUUUCUUCGACCUCUUGGACAUCGAUGUUUCGAAGCCCCUUUUCCGUUCCGGAGAUCCGUGUCCUCAAGAACAGAUGAGAGAAGACAUAUCAGAGUUCCUGAUCGACUUCUCGAGUUUCCAGCUCUUCGUCUCGGAGUUGUGCAGCGAGAAGUUGAAGUCUGAGGUCUCGGAUGCCUACCUGAAGACUUCGGACCUGGAGGUCGAGGAUGUUUCCAGCGUGUCGGACAUCUCGCUCUUGGGUUUGGGUUCGUCGGAUGUCCAGCAACAAUGGCCGUCGUACCCGCAGCCCAUCCAUUCAGAGCAGCCGCCUCAGUUUCACCAUCCUGCUCCCGAGGUUCCCGUGUCUCCGCCAGGUGUCCCGCAGUACUACCCUUCCCCCGCCCUCAACUCGUACGCCCCUGCCGCGGCGCCGAUGCAGCAGAACAUCGAGAUCAAGAUUCCUCAGUUCGCCUCCGAAGCCCCGCAGCCGAGCCCUCAUCUCCCCCACCAGUACGCGGCCAAUUAUUACGUCGUGGCUCUCCCUCCACCGCCCAACGCCGGCCAGAUUCCUUUCUCGGGCGCGCAGACGGGCGUGUAUUGGCAGGCCAUGGCACCGGCCCCGCCCUCGAGGAACAGGAGGAAGCCAAGGGUGUGUUCCGUUUGCAACAAGACGUGCAAGAAUCCUUACGAACUGAAGCUUCACAUGAAUUCGCACACCGGAGCCAAGCCCUACGUGUGCAAAGUGUGUGGGGCCGCCUAUUCGCACUACAGUUCGCUCUCGACGCACCGACGAGACAAGGGCCACGUCAAACGCGCUUUAGAAAAUUGA